UUUUAUUUGAUCAAAAAAUGAUGUCAAAUAGAUUUCUGAAGAGCCUUUAACUUUAAUAUAGAGUAAACUACUGUCGCGCUCUGGUAGACUCGUUCUUAGAAAGUUCUCUACCAUCAAAGAAGUUGUUUGUACAACAGCAAGAAGUCAAGACCAGUGUAUGCCAGAAGAGUUUUCAAGGUAUGUAAACAAAAUUAAGUCCUCAACAGCUGAUCCGCCAACUGUCUUCGUCCUGCUGGAAAUAAAUUUUCCGCUCUCCAAUGCGCAGGAGCAGGAUAAAUGUCAAAUGAAAAAUCGAUAAGGUUUUUUUCCUCACAGCAAGAAGUAUAAUAAAAAUUUAAACUUCCACAACAACACAAAAGGUGUGCAACUGAGUACUAACAGUUUCGGAGCCGUGUAAGCUCAUUUCAAUAGCAAUUGCUUCGCUAAAUCAUUCAUUUAAUGGCUGCAGCAUGAACCCCGUGCCAAAUCGUGAAUAUAUAGAAGUGUGUGCUGCCGCCAUACAUCAUCACCAACAGCACCAAUAUCCACAGCAUCAGCACCCACACCAGCAUCACCAGCAUCAUCAGCAACAUCAAGCAGUUGCACUUAAUACUUUACUCAGCAACACAGCACCACCACCGCCACCGCCCGUACAACUCCCACACCCACACGAACUGAAGGCGCCACCACCACCACACGAGCAUCAGCCCCAUUGCAAGCAACAGUGUUUUGUUUUCACAGAGAUUGCAGAUAUUGAACUACCGCCUGAGAUUACGAAACUCGGCAGUGAAAAGUUGAAGAAUGGCGCUAUUGCUGCAGCCGCAUACAAGAUGAGCGCGUGUAGUGAUACAGGUAGUGAGCCCAGUCAUUCGACGCGAAAUCGUCGUGUGAUCGUAGUGCUUGGUAUCAUGUUGCUUUGCAUAGCCAUGGCUGGUGGCAUUCCUUUGGCAUUGCAAUUACGUUCUUCAUCACUUUUAGAGGCGCGUUUGGCUUUUAUACGUCGUCUAUUGGCCGAGUCACCGUUGAUUGAAGGCUCCUCUUGGCAACCCCCUACGCGUAACGCUGUUAAUCGCAGUAGCAGUGUUGGCUUGCUGAACGAGGUACGCCGUAAUCAUGUUGGUGCUGUCUUUUGGCCAAUUUCAGUGCCAUGUGGAGCACAGUAUCUGGACGCAGUGCAAUUGGCCUUAGAGGGUAUCGAUGAAGCUCGACGUAUUACUGCCAACACAGAUGCGUUGCACAUUGUGCUAUCGGCAGAUGAAAUGGAAGAGACACAUAUACGUGGCGAAGUCGCCGUAAUGCUGGGUCUAGGUGGGGGUCAUACUUUAGGCGCAAGCUUGGCAGUACUGCGUUCGAUGUACUUGCUCGGCGCACGCUUCGUAUCGAUUACCAGCUUGGAAUGUACAACACCGUGGGCCGCAGCUUGCAUACGCAGUCAUGAUUACUUGUUCGAGGAAAACGCUACACAUUCAAUCAAUGAGUUUGGGAAGACGGUUCUCUAUGAGAUGAAUCGCUUAGGUAUGCUUGUAGAGAUCUCCCAACUAUCCGAGGCAGCUAUGAUCUCUGCAUUACAUACUGCCAAAGCGCCAGUUUUACUUUUGAACGCUGUACCGAUUUCGCUCUGCAAUAGCUCCAGCGUUGCCUCCAUACCAGAUCGUGUUUUGAGUUUGCUAUCGGAUAAUGGUGGCGUCAUAAUGCUGAAUUUAGAGCGCUGCGACGAGCGACGUUUCUCUGUACGCGAAGCCAUAAACGCCAUUAAUUAUGUGCGCAAGGUGGCUGGUGUUGAUCACAUUGGGCUCGGUGGUGCGCCCAAAAGUUAUGCUUUUCUACUCGCAGAGUUGGCACGCGAUCGUGUUUGGGGUAAUGCGGCCAUAAAGAAGCUCAUUGGCGGAAAUGUAGUACGUAUUUUACGCGAAGUUGAGACACUAAAGAAUCGUUUGCCUCUCUACGAGGAUUGGAUACCACGCGAAUUGGUGGAGAGUACUUCCUAUUGUCGGUAUCCCGAGACAUAAACGCAACAGAAUUUUCGAAAUGAAAAUGAAUAUAAAAAAUAUUAACUAUUAAAACUUUGUUGGAGUUCUUUCGUUAGCGUAUGCACAACUAUACAGUUAAUCCCACCCACCCAAACCUUACUACGUUUACCUAUGGUAUGAAUAAAUGCAUACAUAUUCGAAUAGGGAUACACAGUUGUAUGUAUGUACAUAUAUACAUGCAUAUACACAUACAAACAAUACAAAUACCAGAUAUUACAUAUAAAUAGAUAGCCUGAUAGCUAUUAGUUACUCUGAGAAUGACUAGUUACGAGAACGACUAGUUAAAGUCUAGUGUGCGGAAGAAUAUCUUCAUUGAUAUUAUGAAGGAACCUGUCUGUUUAUUGAUAUUUUGUUGCCUAUUUUCGAAAACUUAAGAAAA